AAUUUAUCGAAUCACUUUUCUCCCGAUUGUGAGGCAUAAUAACAAUGAACAACCUUUCUGAUUCUGACUACAACUCUGACGAAGAGUUUGGCCACCCAGUGAACAGCCUUCUUGACUCCAACUCCUCUGAUGAUGAAGAUGCUGAUCUUCUGUUUGGUCCAGAUGAUGGAGAAUCUGAUGAUUAUGAACUACUAGAAGAUGAUGCUCUUCUAUUUGGCCCAGAUUAUGGAGAAUCACAAGAAUAUUUUCUGGAUCUAGCAGAAGAAGUGGAUGAAGAAGAUGACUUCUUUUUAUCACCAGAUUUUUCAUUGGAAGUCGGCGAAGAAGAAGAAGAAGAGACGGAGGAUCAGUUGGUAGAAUAUCUAGAAAGUGAACCAGAUGAAGAAGAGAUUGAAACCAGAAGAAGAUUACUUGAACCUAGAGAAGUUGAAUUUACUUCCCCAUCAGAAAAUAGAAUCAAAAUUGAACUCGAACCCAGAGAUAACAAUAGCACUACUAAUUUUGUGAGAGGAGAAUCUAAUUGGAACGAUGAGAAUGUUGUUUGUUGUUCUAUUUGUAUGAAUCCUUAUUCUUCCCAAGGAGAUGAUGAUCAUCAAGUCAGUUGUCUUCCUUGCGGACAUCUCUAUGGGUUGUCUUGUAUACAGAGAUGGAUUAAACAUUCUAAGCAAAGAUAUUCCAAGUGUCCUAUCUGCAACCAAAAAUGUGCUUUGAAGGAUGUGGUAAAGCUUUAUGUUUCAUCUCUACCUGUUGUGGAUAGAGGAAAACAAGAGAAUUCUGUAUCUUUUCAGCCUCGAGAUGAUAUAUUUAAGGUGCACUUUGCAAAGUAUAAGGAAGAAUUGGCUGACGUCAAGAGGGAGGUAUUGGAAAAUACAAAAUAUUGCGAGAGAUUGGAAAGAAUUAGCACGCAAGAUGAGUACGUCGAAGGGAUGCGUAAAUCCUAUGAAGAACAUCUCAAUGAGUUUGAAGAGAUAUGUGAAACCUAUGAGAAGCAUAUCAAUGAGUGUAAGGAAGAAUUGGCUGAUACGAAGAGGGAGGUGAUACAAAAUACAAAAUGUUGCGAGGAGAAUAGCAAAAAAUUGGAGUUUCUGGAAAGAACUGUCGAGGAGGUGUUAAAGGAAAGACGAGCAUCUAGGCGGGUUGAUGAGGAGAUUAAGAAGGUUCAACAAAGGACCGAUAAGACCAUAACUGGACUCCAGAGGAAACUCAAGCGGAAAAAAAAUGAAUUAGAUGCAAAAAAUAGGGCGGUCGAUCAACUGAUUAAGGCCACAGAAGCAAAAGACAAAAGGAUUGAGCAGCUGAUGAAGAGGAUAAAGAGGGAAUCGGGAAAGAGGAGAAAGAGAAGGGAAUUGCAGAUUCAGCAAAUGUUUAAAGGAGGGAGGCUAAUGGACCGUGCUCAUAGGCGUUCCAUUUCAGAAGCUAAGAAAGCAAAAGGCAGAAAGAUGGAGCAGUUGAUGAAGGCCAUAGAGAGACAGGAUUUGCAGAUCCAGCCAAUGUCUAAACGUAGGAGGCUAAAUGGCUAAUGGACCCAGCGUGCAGAGCCGUCUUAUAGACCAGGCCAGCUAGGCUAUGGCCUAGAGCCUCACAUUGUUUAGGGCCCAAUUGUUAUUUGAAAUUUUUGUUGAGCAAGAAUGCACCCCUUGUCUAUUAUUGAAACCAGACAUACUCAAUAUUUUUGAGACAUACUAGAUGAUGAUGCCAUCUAUGGUAUCUUUAUAAGGGGUGUCUAAGCAUACCAGAAUUACUAGGUUACCCUUUAAUUACAUUAAAUUACUUAAAUAUCCUUCAA